AAUUAACGCAAAAAAAAACAAAAUGUCAUUGUACUCGACGAAAGUGGUGUUUCUUCAUUAUUAUUUCCCGUUCCAAAGCUUUUUCUCUUUGUAUUCCACCAGUGAUUAGUGUAAUUCAAACAAUAAAUACCCUUAACAUUAAGCUUAUUCAUGUAAAUAUCUCACACUUCAUACACUUUCUCUGUCCAAUCGAUGUUUAUAAAGGCGAAAUUCCAGUGUUAUUUUGCAUCCAAAAUGGCAGGGAAAUCGAGAAAUUCGCGUUUGAACAAUAGUUUCUUAUCAAAAUUAUGAAUGUAGGUGCUCAGUGUGUGUCGUGCGGGUGGACAGUGACCGGAUACUGACAUGUGGACAUAGCCAGCGCGAUGGGUUCCCAGACGUUAGAGAUACUACGGCAAGGAGUAUGGGCUUCGCUGACCGGAGGCUGGUUCUACGAUCCUCACCAGGACCUCUUCUGCAAUACUGUGCACCUGUACAUAUGGCUCUUCCUGCUAUGCCUGCCGUUCUCCAUCUACCUGUACUUCCCUCCGGCCAGCCCCGGCUGGGUGGUCUACUGCGCGCUGGUGGCCCUACUCCUGUCGUCUCUGAAGCUGCUGAAUCAUGCUCUACACCACAUGUACGACCACGAGCAGCGCGUGCUGCUGCAGCGCGCUGCUGGCAGCCAGGAGGGAGAUGGUACAUCGGAGGGCAUGGAGAUGCAGAUGCUGCGCGUGAGCACGGCGCCGCACCCGCCCAGCGACAACGAGUCGCACACCAGCCGCGAGUACCACAAGCCCACCACCAGCACCAUUGAUUUAAAAGUGGACGUCCACCGCAAGAACAGUUCCGAAUCUAGCAUCGAGGAGAGCGGCGCGGCGUCCAAGCCGGCCGAGCCCGCGGCCACCAAGAGUGAUCUCUGCGUGGAUAUAGCUGAGAUACAGAACCCGUAUCGACACCGACAGGACCGCCGGAGACCUAAGACCACGCAGAGACGAGAGAGAACCAACAAGAACAGGAGAAUGCAUGAGCAAAGGAUAGAGGAGAACAUGAUGGAAGAUGGCAAUAGAAAGAUUUACAUCGAUGAUUCGAUCACGAUUAAUAUCGAUGAGGGACCGUUUGCGAAGGUUAGCAGGCGGUAUCAUGAGUGCUCGCAUCAUAGAAGAGGCGCGCCUAGGGACUUUUUUAAGGAAUGGUUGUAUUUGGAUGGUAAUGAGGCGGCGGGCGAACAUUAUCAGAGCAGGUUCGCGAGGCAGUUGAGUGCUGAUUCGCGGGAUAACUCAGAGCCGAGUGUCGGCCCGCCGUCGCCUAAGAAGCGUAUGGCGCAUAGACGAAGGUAUUACUCAAAUUAUCCAGACGAGAGUUGUACGAAGUCGGCCAUGGCGUUAGCUACAGCCCAAGGACCAUCGAUGAGGAGGAAUUCCAACUCAACUAUGUCGACGAUACAACUGCCGCUGGUGACGUCUACUGCUCAACUAGUGUCGCAUAUGAGAAGGCACUCAAAUAAUGCCGAACCAGGGUUUUUCGCCAGCGUUGAGCUAGGAGCCUACAUGAUGGAAAAAGCAGAGGCGCCAAGCGGCGAUGGCGACAACAAAAUGAAAGGCAAAAGUCCAGGUGUAAGAAGAAUAAAAAGCGCUGCCUUAGAAAUAGGAUGCCCCCCUCCGAGUGUGUCGAAUUUAUCCCCCCACCCCAACAGUGCCGAGACGAUAGGCGGGCAAAUGUUGAAGAAUCCCAAAAACGCUGUGAUACCACCCCCUAGUAAAAGCCUUACCCGAGGUCCCCAGUUUAAUCUCUACCCAAGGAACGAAAGCGGCGAAGGGUGUAGCUACCCGUACUUAAAUUACGGGUCAGAGAUCGUGUAUCCAAUAGCCGAAAUCUCUGAUGAGAUGCAGACGUCACAAAAGGAGACUGACUUAGAUUCGUCUGAAAGCUAUAGCGAUUACGAUGACGUCACUAUGAAGCAUCAGUUCCGUGGUUUCGACUGGGAGGCCGAGCAGUCACCGGCGGCUCGCUCCAGCGAUUCUGACUACGAGAACAACGGGUCCAGGUCUCCGCUGCUAGACCGAGGAGUGGACGUCAGGGUAGUCCGGACCAGGACACAGGAUAAGAAGACUUGCUGCGAGCGCCAUGAGAGACACUCGAGCUCGAAGCAACUAGACUGCGCCGGGGACCGACCCAAGAUAAGACUGAAGAAAACUAGACCAGACCAGAACGAGGCCAAAUGCCUAGACUUCAAGCCGAAGCCUGUAGAACCGGUUAAAGUCGUAGAAAUAGCAGAUAACAAGCUAGACCCCACAGAUUACUUCGACAAAGCUAGUGCGAGUUCGAAAGAUUUGUUAAUAGAAAAGUCCAGUUUGGAAUCAAAUGAAAACGGUGAAGAGAAGCGGGAGAAAGAAGUUGUAGAGAAGAAACCCUGGGACCACGAGAUUUCUAACUCUAGUAGUAGUAUUGAAAGUAACGAUAAGCCCCCCGAUAUCCAGCAAGCAAAGACUCAGGCCGACAAAAUUGUGCAGACUAGUGAGGAACCGGAAGUGAGUAGUGAAGUGAUAAAUUCGGACGAUAAAAGUGUGUAUAGUUUAGAGUGGUUGUUUGAAGAAGCGGGUCGUUUAGACGAAGCGUGCGCGGUAGAGGUAGAAGAGCCAGUUGCAGGCCCGAGUUCGGAUCCCGUCUAUUCCCAGAAACCCGUGAGCGCUCUUGGGGAAACUUCCUCAAAUGUGCCUAAAAACCUGGGCGCUAUCCCCAAACAGAUCAAAAACAUGGCGCGGUCGCGAGCGUCCUCACAGAAAGAGAAUAAGAAGAGAGAUUCUAAGAAAGAGAAAGAUGAGAAUCAAAACGAAGAGAUGAUUCUUCUAGAUGCCGUCGAAGCGCAGGCGGCGCUAGUGCAGGGUUUAGAGUGCCUUUUUGCAGCAACCAAUGCUAAUACAGUAGUAAUGCCCAACCCUAACAGAGAAUCAGACAAAUCUAGAAGUCACAGGCAAAGUUUACGCGGAGAAAGCGCGAACAAAACCCGGAAACGAUCCAUAGAAGAAGUGGCACAGACUUCAACCAAUACUCUACUGCCUACCUCGAUGCCGCUUCUAGCCGCCUUCCUAAAUUCUAGAGAGUUCCCUAACAUCCCCAUAGCUCUGCCCGCGACUGGUAUAACUAACGAAGAGAUCGAGGUCAUGAUGAAUGCAGAAGAAAACCACGGUCAAAGGUUUAGGCCACUAAUGGACAGGAAUCAUAGAAACCGGGUUAGGAAAAUCAAAAGAUCGACAAGACAAAGGCAUAAAAGGGACACCAAACCGCCGCAGACUGAUAAUAGCUCAAACCCAGAAAAUUCCGUCCAUUUCGCAACGUCGUUUGAAGACACAACGGAAGGUGCUGUCCAUUGCUUCAUGGAUGAAUAUGGCAACUGGAUGUCCUACACCUUCGACAAAAACGGGACGGCCAGAGUCCAAGCCCAGCCGAUACCGAUCACGGAUAAUAAAGACGAAAAUGGUAGACCUAAUCGAAGUAAACCUUCAGAAAACGAAUCUCAGGAAACAGCUGGAGAAGGCAGCUGUGGCUCCCUAGAAUCAGAAGCGGGAAAUAGCGAGAAUAUCAACAAAUCUAAACGCGGGGAUAGUAUAGACCACAGCUCAUCCAACCAAGGCAGUAAUAACCCUCUACUGAAUAGUAAUAACAACCUAUCCACGGUCGUGCCUAUAAACACAAAUAGCUCCAAUAAACGCUUCUACGUUUUCGACGGUGGAACCGGCAGCGAUCAACCGAGAUCUCCUGUAGCUUACGUCACAGAUAGUCUGCUAGAACAGAUCGAGGCAGAGAGACAAUCAAGAAUGGGCCUUCCCAGCAUGCACAUAAACUUCCUAAUGUCUCAGCAAAGGGCACAACAGCAGGCCCAGCAACAAGCAGAGGCUACAUCCUCAAAUGUCCCCAGUCUCAUGCCUUCAAUAGGCGAAGAGCGAAUAGAAAUAAACAUUAGGAGUAAAUUCAAUAAGUUGAUGGAACAAAUAGAGAAAUCGAAGCAGCCGAAACCAAAGAGCUACUACAAGUUUAAGUUAUUCAAGUGCUGGGAGAUCAAAGUGACCAUGGACAGGUUAAAACUCAUGGCCCUGUUUGACAGAAACCUGACUUUCAAAGAGACGUUCAUCUCAAUAGUGCUAGCGAUACUCGUGUCGAUUCUAGGCUCGAUGGUGCUGAAUUUAGGGUUCUACAAGGACAUCUACGCGUUUUGGUUCUGCUUCAUAAUGGCAGGCAGCCAAUACUCGUUGCUCAAAAGUGUCCAACCGGAUUCGGCGUCUCCGGUACACGGGUUUAACAAAAUGGUGGUGUUUUCCCGACCCGUGUAUUUCUGCAUUUGUACAGCGAUACUCUGUAUAGUGCAUAACCACUUGGAACAAACUAAACCCCUGGGCGAAGACCACGAUCGGAACAAAAGAAGCAUAGAUGACAAACCAUUUACAGUGUACGGGUUCGCAAUGAACGAACGAGAGAUCUUGACCUCGAUUCAGGAUAUAGUAUCGACGUUUAUACUGUUCUUCCCGCUAGCAUUCAGUUUGGGAUUGUUUCCGCAGGUCAACACGUUUGCUAUGUACUUACUGGAACAAAUAGACAUGCAUAUAUUUGGAGGGAAUGCCACGAGUAGUCUCAGUGCCGCUGUCUACUGUGUGGCCAGGUCCUUAGCUGCUGUAGGGUUACUAUACGGCUUUGCGUAUAGCGCAAUGAUAGAAGGCGAGAAAUCGAAUUUUCAAAAACACAAUGUGUUAAUGUCGAUAUUUUGUGCGCUGCUUGUGCCAAUAUCCUAUCAUCUGAGUAGAAGUGCCAGUGAUUACACGCACAUAUGGAAUCUUAUAAAGAAACACUUACUGCCUCCGGAGUUGUAUGCGAUGAAUAACCCAGAACCGGCAGCUGAGACUGAAAAGAAUGACCCGAACACGUUGAGCGAGGAAUCUAAGAAGAAUAACUCGGAAAGCAAUAUUUCCAAACAAAACUCUAUAGGAAGCUCAGCAUCUAAAAUCAACUUUAGCUCCGAAACUAACAUAGCAAAGACUCAAAAACGAUCUCAAACAUCAAGUGUAAGCUCCUUAAAAUUGGACCCAAAAAGCGCCGAUACGAAUACUCUAAACUCCAAUAGUUCACUGAAAGAUGUGCCUUUAGAAUCUGAGGACAAAAGUCAAGGCAACCUCAACGGAUCUAAAACUAUCGAUCCGCUAGACAAAUUGGAAGACGAUAUGGAAGACCCCUUGCCCAAGAAGUUGCAACAGACGGUGAACGCUCGUCUAAAAAACGAUCUGAUCGUGUGUACGUUCCUGGGUCUACUAGUGUUUGGUCUGCAUUCUACCACGGUCUUCAACACUCUCACUCCACAGAUGAAUUUGGCGCUCUGGAUAGUAGCCUCCGUACUGGGCUGGGGCCUACACUACCUGGUGCCUCAACUGCGCAAACAGCAGCCGUGGCUGUGUCUGUCGUCGCCAGUGUUGCCUCCGAGAGAGUUGGCCAUGUUUGAAGUCAGCGAGCCACAAGCCAUUAUACUGGUUGAGAAGAUAUUCGUGUACCUAAGUUUCCUGGAGCGCAACGUGGUGUGGCCGGGCGUGGCGGUGGCGGCGGCCACGGCGGACGCGCCCGCGUUGGCGCACAAGCACGGGCCCGCCGCCGCCGCCGCGCUGCUCUCCGUCGCUGCUUGCAAGUGUCUCCGCAACGCCUACUCCGAGCCAGACAACCAGUACCUGGUCCUCAUCUUCACACUGCUGGUGUUCAAGCAGGACCUGGCCAGCUACCGGCUCUCGGAGACGCUGCUGCUGGACAUGGCGCUCAUGGCUAUUGUCACCAAUAAGCUAUAUGACUUGCUGCUUAAGAUACAAUUCGUAGUGACCUACAUAGCGCCAUGGCAGAUAACAUGGGGCAGUGCGUUCCACGCGUUCGCUCAGCCGUUCUCGGUGCCUCACUCCGCCAUGCUGUUCCUGCAGGCGUUCGUGUCGGCGCUGCUGUCCAGCCCGCUCACUCCCGCGCUCGGCAGCGCAAUAUUCAUGACGUCGUACGUGCGUCCCAUCAAGUUCUGGGAGCGAGACUACAACACGAAGCGAGUGGACCAGAGCAACACGCGCCUGGCCGCCCACCUCGAGAGGAACCUGGGGGCCGACGACAACAACCUGAACUCGAUAUUCUACGAGCACCUGACGCGCUCGCUGCAACACUUCCUGUGCGGGGACCUGGCGCUGGGCCGCUGGGGGCAGGUGUCUCAGGGGGACUGCUUCGUGCUAGCAUCAGACUACCUCAACUGCCUAGUGCACAUAGUGGCGCUAGGCAACGGCGUGGUGACGUUCCAGCUGCGCGGGCUCGAGUUCCGCGGCACGUACUGCCAGCAGCGCGAGGUGGAGGCCAUCUCGGAGGGGCCUAGCGAGACCACGGACGGCGUCUGCUCAAACUGGUGGUGCAACGGCCGGGUCCUCUCCCCGUCCGCCAUGUUUUCUCUCCGCUGGCUGGCGUGGCAGCUGGCUUGCAGCAAAUACGUGUUGGAGGGGUACAGCGUGAGCGACAACAGCGCCGUGUCCAUGCUGCAGGUGUUCGACUUCAGGAAGGUGCUGCUCACUUACUAUGUUAAGAGCAUAAUCUACUACACGAUCCAGUCGCCCAAGUUAGAAGAAUGGCUGUCUUGCCCCGCCAUCGUGGAGGCUCUCCGACCGGCCGCUGAGAGGAACUUUGUGGACUUGGAUCCCAUCUUCAAUGUUAACUUGGACGAGGACUAUGACUUUAGAGCUGCUGGGGUCACUAGGAACAGAUUCUGCGCCAUCUACCACGAGUGGAUCCUGCACUGCUGCGGGCGGCGCGGCGGCGGGGGGCGGCGGCGCGGGGGGCGCGACUCGCCGCUCGUCACUCUCUGCUUCGCGCUCAGCCUCGUGGGGCGCCGCGCGCUGGCCGCCGCGAGGCAUCUUAGCGCUUCUAGUGUGGAAUUCUUCCUCUACGGCCUGCACGCCUUAUUCAAAGGCGACUUCCGUAUAACCUGCGCUCGAGACGAGUGGGUGUUUGCGGAUGUUGCGCUUUUACGCGCUGUAUUGGUGCCGGCUGUGCGCAUGGCGCUUAAAUUGCAUCAGGACCACUUCAUGUUCCCCGAAGAGUACUCCAGCUGUUCCGCCCUGCACGGGGCCAUCACCCUACACUCGUCGCGGCUGGUGAUCUGCCACGAGGCGGCGCCGGCGUGGCGCGCGCACGUGCUGCGCGGCGCCGACCACCUGCUUGCACUUAGACACGUAAUGGAAGAAGGCAACGACGACUACAAGAUCAUAAUGCUGAACAAGAGACAAUUAGGGUUCCGCGUGAUCAAGCUGAACCGCGAGUGCGUGCGCGGGCUGUGGGCCGGCCAGCAGCAGGAGCUGGUGUACCUGCGGAACCGCAACCCUGAAAGGGGCUCCAUACAGAACGCUAAACAGGCGCUCCGCAACAUAAUCAACUCGUCAUGCGACCAGCCAAUAGGCUACCCGAUCUACGUGUCGCCGCUCACCACGUCGUACGCGGAGACCUCCCCCGCGCUGCUGACGCUGACCGGCGGCGCGGUCACCGCCGCCGCUAUACGAGACCACGCCAAGGCGCUUUGGACACGCAUCCGUCGGCGCUGCGGCGAAGGCUGUUCCAGCGGAGAAGCCUGCCCCAGCGCGGCGGAGGCGGGAGUGCGCGCGCCGCCGCGCCCCGCUGGCACGCUGCCAUCGCGAGACCAGACAGGUACCCGCGGCGGCCUCGCCGGAGCCGGCAAGCCAGCCUCAUCCACACUCGCGUCGUUAGCGUCACUGCUGAGGGAGCAUUCUCACGAGCGACAGGACGAGACAGUAUACGGCAGCACGACAGACACCACGUCGGAGCGGCGGCGCGGCGCGGAGCGGGCGGCGGGCGGCGCGCGGCGCGAGCGGAACAUGCGGGCCAGGAGCGCGGGCAAGGAGUGUCGACAGCCGGGCGGCCGCAGCGGGCGCGUGCGUCGCGAGCGAGCUAGACCGGCGUCGUUCCGGCUCCUAGCCGACUCCACUGAUGGUCAUGCCAUGGGGGAUGCACAGGGCCCGACCGCGUGCGGCUGGGACGGCAGCUGGCGCGACCAGCCGCGCCGCGCCGCCAGUGCUAAGAUAAGCGGUCACCGCGGCUCCCCUCACAGCUCUCUCGAAGAGCUAGCGCUGGCCGUGGGCGGACUCGAGCCGCUCGGGCCCAGCCGCCCGCCCAGGUACUUCCUAAACGAAGGCACAUCAAAGGACUUGUCCAAACCGAGCAAAGAGAUCAGACACGAGCGAGAGAGCUACCGAGAACUCACCGGCAGAUACAUCGAGAAACCAGAAAACAUACCGCUGAAAGAAACCCACUAUUCCGACUUAUCCAACAAAGAAUCCAACCUCAAGAAAGACGCGAAAAAGGACGGCAAAGCGAAGGAAAUUAAAACGAAAAUCAAGCGAUCGGAUUCUGGGAAGAGCGAGUUGAAAAUGAAUGUCAGUGUGGGGAGUAAAGUGUUGAUAGUAGAGCCGUUGGGAGUGUACGAUUGUAUCAACUUGGGGAGGAGGAUCGAUGUGCAGUGGCCGAGUGAGUUUGAGAGGGAAAGGGGGGGGAGGAACUACUGGGGCGCGUGGGUGCCCCUGGCUGGCAUGGAUGGACUGGUGGUCCACAAGUGGACGCCGAACCACCGCGACCCCAAGCUCCGCUCCCACGUGGACAAGAGCAUCUUGCUGGUGCAGAUCGACGACCGCUACGUGCCCAUAGCUGAAAACUGCGUGCAGGACUUGGGCGAUGAGGUCUAG